AUGUCAAAUACUGAACCCGAAGAAAAACAGUCCUUUAUGGACAAACUAAAACAUCCCUUCAGAACUCAUUCGAGAUCUUCCUCGAGUGUCAAGUCGGGAGAAUUAGACACCAGCCAUCUGCUGUUUGAUCACUCCAAUCUCGCCAGUUUGAGUGCUCACGACAAGGGUGUUUUGGAGUCUGCUUACAUUGAGGGACAACGCCACGCGGAGAAGAAGUACAACCGGAAAGUGAGCAGGUACGGAUUUCCUGUGAUUGGUGCCCUGGGAUCAGGAAACCAGGGAUCUGGUUCGAAUUACGGCUCGACCUAUGGUUCGAACCACGGACAAUUGAGUUCGGACGACCGCAAGGUGAUCGAUGCCGCCUACAUCGAAGGAAAGAACAGCUACCACGCCAAUUCCAAAGGAGCCACACACGGAACGGCUGGUGCUGCUGCCGCUGCUGGAGCUGCUUUAGCGGGCGCUGGCGCUGCUGGGCACACUUCGUCCAAGGGAAGAGUUGUGUCUUCGUCAUCAGCUGGAAAAGUCGUCACCGCACCUCCAGAAGUCAGGCGUGAGCCUGUGGACAGACUUGCGCCGGGCGACUUUGCCAACGAGAAGAAUCCCACGGAUCUGUCUGUUCUUGGAGGAGCUGGUGGAGCUGCUGCUGCGCAACAGCGUGGAGGAGAACUCUCUCAAAAUACGAAUCCAGUUUACACCAACGAUACUGAAGUUCACGAAGGAACCGGAGUUUUUUACAACCCCAAGGAUACUCAGGGAGGAGUUGUGGGCAAUGCUGAUACUACUAAUGAAGCUACUGCUGCUCAUCUCGACAAGAACCGCAAUUUGAAGACCAAACCUUCUGUCUACGAGCAACAGGAUAGAGAGCAGGAGAUUAAGGACGCAGCUUAUGAACAUGGUAACAAGGAGGCCAGAAGAGAUGCAGCCGAAGGAAACAAGGAUUCCAGCAGAGACGCUCAUGAAGACUCAAAGUCCUCUUCUUCCGGUUCCAAGCACAACCAUGAAGAUCCCUCCGAGGUUCACCAAACCAACAAGUCUGCUUAUAACAAUCUGGGAGUUUCUGGUGUGGUGGAUUCGUUGCGUGGAAAGUCCCACAAGAACGACAAGAAUGACCAGUACGAUCCAAGACAAAGAAACGUUACUGGAACGAGUGCUCACACCACGGCUCCAUUGGAUAGCAGCAACCAUACCGGUACUGGAGCCGGAGCCGGAGCCACAGGACCUAGCCACGAUUCAAGAGGUAUUGGUUCUAAUACUGGUUCCAAUACUGGUUCCGGUUCUCAUUCUGGUGGACUCGGUGCUGGAGUUGGCGCUGGAGUUGGCGCUGGAGCUGCUGCCGCUGCCGCUAAAAAUGCCAGCCACAAAAACGACGCUGGCGCUCCUCCUUCGAGCUCCGACUUCGACUACGAGCGUGAGUUCGACGCCUUGAAUGCUAAAAUUGCUCGUACGGAAAGAGAGAUUGAAAGUCUUGAAUCGCUGAAGAAGAACAAGCCCGAGUUCAACGAACAGGCUUCCACCACGGCAGUGUACCAUGAGCCAUAUAGUCCUCCACACGAAAGAGAAACCUCGGGAAACUCUGCUGCUUCUUACUUGAAACCAGCAGCAUUGGCUGGUGCUGUUGGAGGAGCACUUGGUUUUGGCAGUGCUAGCCAUGGUAAAACCCAGCCAAUAGAUGAUUCGUACAACCAAGGUGUCAAGGCUGGAGCGUACGAUAGUGGAUCUUCAAAGGCAAUUCCAUCUGAUUUGAACCGUGGACUCAAAGGAGGAAGCAAGGACUACGACACUAGUGGAGCUGGUUCCGGUCAUGGUACUGGUUAUGGUGCUGGUUCCGGUACUGGUAUUGAUUCCGGUGUUCAUGACGACGGUUCCUCAAAGCCUGGUAUUUUGGAUGGUGCCAAGGGUGCUCUUGGAGCUGCUGGAGCGGUUGCUGCUGGAGCUUUGGGCUACGGUGCUGCUGAUGCUUCUUCGGUAAAGUCCGAAGCAUACCAAGCUGGUCAAGAUAAGUUCCACAGAGAGCAAGGAAGAGGCGGAACUGCUUUGGGUGCUGGUUCUCACCCUACGGCCCACGGUCAUAAUGCUACUGGUUCUUCCGGUCACAAUGCCACUGGUGCUUCCAGUCAUAAUGCUACUGGUUCUGACCGUUCUGGCCACACUAACGCUCUGGCGGUGGCAGGCUCAACCAAGCCCGCAACUUCAGGAAGCCAGAGUGUCGGUGCUUUGGACAACAGCAAGUCUGUGAACACCGAAAAUACUGACGAUUCCGCUUACCACAGAGCCGGCAAUGCUGGUGUAUUUGGGGCCAUUGCUGGUGCCGCUGGCGCUGCCGGUGCUGCCAUUGGAAUGGGAGGACAUGAAAGAGCUGGAGAGACCAGAGAGGCUGGACACACCGGACACACUGGAAACACUGACAGUCUUGGUCAUACUGAACCCGGACAAACUGGCUCUGGAAACACUGACCGUCUUGGUCACUCUGGCACCGGACACUCUGGAAUCAAUGAUCGUGAUAUCAGGAACACUUCUGGUGUCUCUGGACCUGGAUCUGCCACUGGAUCUACGACCAGAUCUACUGGAUCUACUGGGUCCACUCUUGAUCCUAAGGCUCAUCAUGACAAGAUUGCUUCUCCUUCUCUCGAUAGAGUUGAAGACGAUGAUGAUACGAAUACCAGUCAAUCUUCUGGAAUCAUUGGUGGAAUCACUGGUGCCUUAGGUGGUGCUGCUGCAGCCAUUGGACUUGGUGGAAGAAGUGACAGCGAUGUUUCGAGAACCGAUGCUGACAGAGCUCAUUCUGGCACAACUGGAUCUACUGGCUCCACUGGAAUUUCAGGAACUACCAAAACCGCUGGAUCUACUGGAUCUACUAAACCUACUGGAAUUUCGGGAACUACCAAUACUGGAACCACUGGACCUACUGGUAUUUCGGGAUCCACCAAACCUGGAAAUACUGCAGGGACCUCUACCACAAGAAAUGAAGGGGAGAAAUCUGGUGUCACUGGUGCUCUUGCCAGUGCUGCUGGUGCCGUUGGUUCACUUGGUGCUGCUGGAGCGGCUGCCGCUGGAUUGUCCGGUUCCAACAAAGCAUCUAAUGAACACAGUUCUUUGAUUGAGCCAGCUACUGGCUACGAAGAUGUUCGAAACGCACCAAAGCACGCUGGUGGAAAGUCCACGAAGGACGUGGACGAAUCUUCGAAUACUGGCGAUGGUGUGCAAGGUGUUCCAGGAUUGGUACCUUCUACUGGUGACGAUGUUAGCUCGAAGAAGAAGGAGAAAUCGGACACUAAUGCAAGAAAUGUCGAGGCAGAGGUCACCGCCCACAACCGGAAGCACGGAGUGACCGACGACAAGAGAUCGUUGAUUGAAAUUGCCGAGGGCGUUGAUCCAGAAAUCAAGGAAUUGGGAACCCACAAACAAGGCCCUACUGUAGGCGAAAGCGAGAGUAGCACCGGUGCUGAAGGUGGAGUUCAAGAGGUUCCUGCUCAAGCCUACGCCAACCAGAACGAGUUUAUUCGUUCAGGCGGUAAGCGUGGAGAAAUUGAAGGAGGCUCCGGAGCUUCGCAUGCCACUUCGUCUACUGGUGCUGUAGGAAAGGACAAGUCUUUGAAGCACGACGUUUCCCCAGCACCUGAGGGCAAAAAAAAAAGCUCGUUGAUUGAAAGUGACACUUCUGGCAAAAAAAAAAGUCCAAUUGAAUCCAACGGACGGGGUUUAGAUUCGGCAGACCAAUCCACGGCGGAAUCCCACCACCGUGAUUUGGGCUAUGGUGCUGCUGCGGUUGGAACCGGUGCUGGUUUGGGUUCAGUCAUCCAUGCCAAAGACAACAGAGACCACAGAGAUCUUGACACGAGACGUGAGGUUGGAAACCAUGGUCAUACUGGAACUUCCGAAUAUGGUCAACCUGGCCAUUCUUCUGCUGGUUAUGGUCAAUCUCAUUCUCCUUCUGGUCAUACCUCUGGAACUUCUGCUGGUUAUGGCUCUGGCCAUUCCGCUGGUAGAGAUAUCUCAGACGAAGCUUACAACUCUGGAGUUCGUUCUGGAGCCUAUGAAGCUGGUAAUGUCAACUCUGCCAAGGACGUCUCCAGGACCGAAAAUGCUGAAGACAACCACCAUACUGGAGCUGUUGGAGCUGUUCUUGGUGCUCUUGGAGUUGGUGCUGGUGCUAAACAUGCUCAUGACCACCACAAUCAAGGUCAUCACCAGGACUACAAUCAGGACUAUAACCAAGGUUACAACCAGGGUCACCAAGGUCACCAAGGAUCUCACUUGGCUUCUGGUUCUACCGGCUAUUCAGGUUUGAGUGAGUCGGACAGAUCGGCGUUCUAUGAAGCUGGAGUUGUGCAAGGUGCAAGAGAAGCGGGACACAUUCAAGCUGCUAGAGAACUUAGUGAGAAACCAUCGCAUCAUGGUGCUACUGGAGCUGCUACUGGAGCUGCCGUUGGAGCUGCUGCGGGAACUGCUGGAGCCUCAGGUUUGGGUCAUCGUUCUGCCGCUGGUUCUUCUGCUCCCGGCCUGACUGGAACCGAAACUUUUCAAGUUGAAGUUAUCGGUGUGAAGGACAGAGAGCAGGCAUCCAAGAUUGCCCAUCAAGCGUGCAAGGACCUUGACCAGAAAGGAGUUGAUUUGACUUCUGGAAAAUUAAUUGUGAAUGCCGAAACUAAUGAGGUUUACAAGGUUGACGAGACAUCUGGUCCUCAGGGCCGUAGGAUCGACCAGGCAGGUACCGCAGGUGUUGGUGCUGCUGGUGCUGGUUUGGCUAGUUCCGGUGUUGGUUCUGGAACCGGUGCUGGAACUGGAACUGGUGUUGGUUCUGGAACUGGAAGAGGAACACAUGGUACCAGUGUCAACCAGAAUGAUGGAAACAGAGACAUCUCGUCAGGAUCUGGUUCUGGUUUUGGUUCUGGUUCUGGUUCUGCUUUAGCUGGUGCCGGACUUGGUGCUGGUGCUGGUGCUGGUGCUGGAACUGCCUUUGCUCACCACUCCAAAGGUGUCUCUCAGCCAGACGCUUCCUUCAAAGACGAUUUAGAAGAGCCUGAUUUGCAGCUGCGUCACAGAGAGCACGAGAAAGCUAAGGCUAGAUUGGCUCACGCUGCCGAUGAAGGUGUGUUAGGAAAUGUGGCUCCACCUACUGAGCAGCCUGUAAGUGGAAACCAUGGAAGAGAAGCGGCAGUUGGAGGUGGAGCUACUGCUGCUGCUCUUGCUGCUGGAAACUAUGCCAAGCAUAACCAUGAACCAAGACGUGCACAAGAUGUUGGACAUGGUUCUGGAAAGGAAGACCGGUUGCAACCAUCUGAUAUUUUGGUUACGGUUCAAGGUACUUCCAACAACUCUGAAGCCACCAAGUUGGCUCAUGAGACGGUGAAUGAACUUCAGGAUCAACCAGAUGUAUUGAAAAAUGUCAAGGAAAUCCAGAUCGACUCACAAACUGGAGUCGUGACAGAUGAGAGAGGAAAUGUUAUUGAGCAUGUCCACGGACAAGGUCAGCAUGGAACUAACACUGGUCGUCAAGGUGGUGUUGGCGCUGGAACUGCUGGAGCUGCUGGAUCUUCUGCAGCUGCUGCUGGUUAUGGAUCUGGAGCAGGUGCUUCUGGAUAUGGUCAACGUACUGAACCAGGUGUUUCUGGCUCUGGUUACGGUCAUGAAUCUUCUGCGGGUUCUGGUUACGGUCAUACUACUGGAUCUUCGGCACCAGGUUCUGGCUACGGUCAAAGUACUUCUGGACAAGGUUCUGGACACGGUUACGCUGGUCAAGGUACUGAAUCUGGUUACGGCCAUAGCACUGCUACUGGUGCUGCUGUUGGUGCUGCUGCUGGUGCUGCUGGUGCUUAUGGCUCUAAUAUUGGCCAUGCAGAUAGAAACACUUCGCUUCCAUCAAGUACUGGAGCACAUGGUACUUCAGGUCUUUCUGGUUCUCAUGGUGCUACUGGUACUUCGGGUGCUUAUGGCACCUCAGGUUCUCAAGGAACUUCUGGUUCUCAUGGAACUUAUGGUACUUCAGGUACUACUGGUCCUUCUGGUACUGGUCUUUCUGGUUCUCGUGGUGUUACUGGUACUUCGAGCUCUCAUGGAAGUACUGGCACCCAUGGUACAUCAGGUGAUUAUGAUACUACUGUCACCUAUGGUAAUACCGGUAUUCAUGGUACCUCUGGUGAUUAUGAUACUACUGGCACCCAUGGUGCUUCUGGUGUUGGUUCUGGUUAUGGUGCUUCUGGUCUUUCAGGUGCUGGUGCUGGUGCUGGCACCUACGGCUCAGGUGCAGACCAUUCUUCAGGCACCGGCUACUCAGACUCCAGAGGACUUGACUAUGGUUCUGAGUCCAGAGGAGUCAACUCUCACUCUGGAAGUACUACCGGAGGCAAUUUUGGUGCCUCUGGUGUUUCCGACACCUCUGGUGUUUCUGCCUCAGGUGCUGGAUUAUCCAAAGAAAAUAACAUCUCGGGGCUCCGCAACUCGGAACUCGGUUCGAGCGAAUAUGGUGAAGGAAGAGGCAGUGGCUAUGCCACUUCUGGUGCCAACCGUGGAACUGCUGGUGGCUACAGCAGAACCGGUGAUGAGCUCGAAACAACCGAUGAAGCGGAUACAUCUCAAAUUCCCGGUAGUUUUUUUUAG